GCUAGAGCUCCUGCGGCGGCGGAGUGAACCCAUCAUGAGGAACAGCACGACCUCCAGAGACCUCUCCCAGCUCCCCGCUGCCGCCCCCGGAGCCGCGCACGGUAUGAGCCAGACCGGCUGGAGCGGGAAGAGAACAAACAUGCUCCCGGAGAUCGCCGCCGCCGUGGGCUUCCUCUCCAGCCUCCUGAGGACCCGGGGCUGCGUGAGCGAGCAGAGACUGAAGGUGUUCAGCGGGGCUCUCCAGGAGGCACUAACAGAGCACUACAAACACCACUGGUUUCCUGAGAAGCCAUCCAAGGGCUCUGGUUACCGCUGCAUCCGAAUCAACCACAAGAUGGACCCCAUCAUCAGCAAGGCGGCCAGCCAGACUGGACUUAGCCAGCCCCAGCUUCACCGGCUGCUGCCCCGAGAGCUCACCCUGUGGGUGGAUCCCUAUGAGGUAUCCUACCGAAUAGGGGAAGAUGGCUCCAUCUGCGUUCUGUAUGAGGAGGCCCCGCUGGUCACCUCCUAUGGGCUCCUCACUUGCAAGAACCAAAUGAUGCUGGGCAGGAGCAGCCCCUCCAAGAACUAUGUGAUGGCCGUCUCCAGUUAGCUGCCCUGCCACCUCUACUCGGCACUGUAGUCAUCCGGCACUCUAGUCAUCGUGACAACAGGCCACAACAUACCUCAACCUGGGGAACUGUAUUUUAAAUGAAGAGCUAUUUACAUAUUUUAUUUUUUUAAGAAAAGGGGAGAAAAAAACCUAAAGAUGUUUUUAAAGAAGAAAAAUCCUUAAAGGUUGCUGCUUGGAAGCAGCCUCCCCAGGUGCCUUUGGAGAGAAUUGUGUGUGCUUCAGUCUGGGAGCCAGUGUCUGCCUAUGGGAGGGGGGAGUGGUUAGGUGUGGGCCCAACCAAAGUGAGGUGGAGAAGCUUGGCCUGCAUCUCAAGAAGAUGUGAGAGGGGGCAAGCAUGGUUAGCAGCUGUGAAUGAGCGAUAGGAUCUGCCCUGGUGGGGGUGGGGGCGAGUGAGGCUGAUUCAAACCUCUCACUCUCUUCACCAGGACACCUGCAUUCCUGACCUCAGGGGCAUUUAAGCCUAAACUUAACUCAUGUUGCCUAAUCUUUACUUUUAUUUUUCUGAUGACAUCCUGGGCACAGAGUGAUUCCUUCUGUCCCAAGCAGUUUUUCUUAACGUCAUCACUUGUUUCUAAUUCUAUCCUCAGGGACCUGUAGAUGUUGCUUCCCAGCCAAGAAUCUAUAAGCUUUUUUGUUUUGUGGGGGUCAGGGGAGUAAGGCAGGGCUUGGGGGUUACUAGAGUUGGGAUGGAAGGGUCCCCCACACGAAACCUUUGCUUUGCAAUAUGCUGCUCUGUGUGUAGGUGUGGUGAAUAACUUGGGGGUGAUUUGCAAUGGAAUUUUAGGACCCAAAGAGUAUCCACUGGGUAUUUACAAAACCCUUCAUUUUGGAACCACAUGAAAGUCCUAAUGCUGCUGCCAUUAUCCCAUUGAAAGGUGGCUCAAAAGCUACAGGGAACUCCAAGUCCUUUAUUACUGCCUUGUUUUUAGAAGCACAACACUCCUCUCUAAUGCUCCCUCCUCCUCUCCCCUCUGGUUGGGUCAUGGAGCUACCGUAUUUUCUAGAACAAGAGUUCUCAAUCACUGUGCAAUAUGGCCUCCUAGUCCCAGGAGUGUGGAGAACUGGCCCUUAGAACCUCCUGGUGCUCUGGUGGGCUGAGGGAGCCAUCUCUCCCUCUGUCCUCGGAACUGUGGCUGUCUGCUCAGCCUUGCAGGUAUCCCUUGGCUGAACAGGGAAAGCCCAAGUUCUGUAGGGUUACUGGUAUUCUUGCAGGGCUGACACUAAAAACCAAACCUUGGGCAUUGUUUUUUCUUUCUGGUGCUCAGAGCACCUCUGGGAGAGGUUGCUGUGUCUCUCAGUGCAAUCCAAAUUUGUCUGUAGACUUGUGCAAUAUUUACUGUUCUGGGUUGGAGAAAAAUGGAAAACUACCUUUGGUUUCUCAGUAAUAUUAGUGAGGGGUCCUCAGAAGGCCUUGAGUUUUCCAAACCUGAAUCGCCUUAAAAAGGACAUAGCUUGAACAUCUGGUCAACCUGGCUACCCUCCUCCUAUUGACCCUUGUAAGGAACCUUCCUCCCCAACCACUAAACUCCCCUCCCCACUGCAUCUCCCUUUCCUGGGUUUCUUAAAUACUCAAUUCUGACUCAGAGGUGCUAUUUAUCAAACACUCUCCCAACCCAUUCCUGCUUGUUCUGCCUCCUUUUCAACCCUCCAGAAACAAGCUGUUUUCCCAGACCCUGCUUCCAGUCUUUAUUGCUUUAAAGGUGGCUUCUGACCCACAGACCCAAGAGCUCAUUUUCCGGCCUGUGGGUUGAAACAAAGCUGUGAAUCACUUAAGAUUAUGUUGUUGCAUAUUGCAAACAGGUCCUACCUUUUUAGAAGCACCCUCAUGGUCUCAUGCUUAAUCUUUUCUCUCUUCUUUUUGAUGUUCACUUUAAAAACAAAAUGCCCAGAGCUGGACUGUUGAGCAGGCCUGUCUCUCCUAUGAGGUAAAAAUAAAUAGUAGUGCAUUUGUAAGUUAUUCUGAAAGAAAAGACAAAGGUUACUAAUUGUACAAUAGUGUUUUUAUAUGAAAGAAUGUACAGCUUUAUGGACAAAUGUACACUUUUUUGUUACUUUAAUAAAACUGUAGCAGAUGAAGUUGUGUGGUGUAGAGAAGGUAAAAUUCCCACAUCAUUAAUUUGGGUGUCUUUCAGAUCCAGAUCCUUUCUUUGUGUCUUCAAUUGCACUCAGAACAUCUAUAGCAUGUGUCUAGAUAAAAGGAAAAUCUAAGUUGCAUGGUGAGGGCAUUUCCAAGCAUUCCCUCUUCUCUAGGAAGUAGCUCCUUAUUUACUUCCUCUAAUGCACAGUCUAACAGUUCCCUGUGAAAAUGCUAUAUGUGAGAGGAUUCGUCUUAAUACAUCCUGUAUUCACUCCCUCCAUUCAGCAAGAAUGUGUUGUCAGUAAAUUCUGGGAACUGGAAAUAUUAAAGAUGAUGAAGACACACAACCUGCCUUCUCACAGACUCGGGUGGUGAGCAGGGAACACUGAGUCCCUUCCCAGGUUGAGGCAGAAUUGUUAGAAAUUCCUGGUACUGGCUCUCCUGUCCUCUCUGGAGUUACCAUUUGCUACCUGUCAUUCUUGUCUUAUUGGACAAGAACAGUUGGACCUUUAUGGCCAUAGGUGCUGUUUCUAAAUUUUAAACAUGUUGACUCAUGAACAAUAGGAUUGCCCUCCCCCUCAACACGUACACACACUUCAUUUCACACCUCCAUGACCCUUAACAACAAACAUAGUUUGACAUAGGUGUCCUAGGUGGCAGGUGGGCCCUAGAGGCUCUGUGUGAUAGGCUGGAAGGUCAGAUGAGCCAGGAUAUGGGGAUGGAGGAAGCCAGCUCAUCUGUAUCAUAAAUAGAAUUGGUUAUGGGAACCCACUUGUGUCAAGGAGUUGUUAUUUAAAGGAAUGUUCCCAUGUUCAUUUGUAGCUCCUAAUAUAAAUGUUCUAGGCACUCAUUUAUAAAUAAGGACCCACAUUUUGGGUGUAAGGACCCAUUGUUAAGGUUGGAUUUUUGCCCAUCCAAGAGUGCUGUUCUCUUAUUUGAUACAAAGUCUGCAUCUAUCUUGUUUCCUAAAAGGCCCCAAUCAUGAAGAAUAUUUCAUUUAGUAGAAAGCAUGAAAUUCAUUGAAGCUUGUUUGGAGGUUAAGGGGACAUCAUCACACACCUCUGUCUCCAAGCCAGGGAAACUGCAGAAUGGCAGUUCAUUUUGGGGUUGCUCUUGACUCUUGGCAGACCAGUAGUCCCUCAAUUUACUUGGAAGGAUUCUGUGAUCAAGCAAUGUGUUAUUUGCUUUAGAUCUGACCAAGUUCAGCAGGGGUGGAGAGUGACGCCUGGCCAGCUGAGGUACAGGGGCUAUGGAUAGAAACUGCCUACAGAGUUGCAGGUGGUAGCUUUAUGUGUCAAGGACUGAGCAUUAGUCAAUCAUUCUGCUCCCAGCUUCCCCAGUUGGUAAACAGUGCCAGCCUGGCUGAGCACUGGGAGCCGGUGCUCAGUCAGCUGUUUCUGGAUGAUAAUGUGCCUCCCAGAGAGUUUAGACAAGGCCCUGGCAGCUGCAGAUUAAGAGCCCAUCCCGGCUCCUGAUAAGGAAGUUUGGGUGGGUCAGUCCAUGAUGCUGCAACAAACAAGCUCCAGGAGGAAGAAACCCCCUUCUGUGAGUCUGGCUUCUGAUCAUUUAGCAACCUUUGGCAAGGGAAGAUAGGCCUCCUGGCCUCCAGACCAAUGUCAGCACCCUCACCCAACAAACCAUGGCACACUAAAGAGAGAUAUAAGGACAAGGACAGAGAAAAGAACUGAAUAUCAUGGGAACAAAUAUAGGGGGAAGGGGGAGAUAUCACUGGACAGGUGCCUGGGAGAGA